AUGGUCUCUGUGAGCUGCCAGGACCUGCUGCCCUCCCUGCCCAGCCCUCCCCUGCUCCAGAGCCUGGCCAGCGCCCUGCAGAGCAGGAUGCCACCGUCCCUUCUGCCAGGACACGGCGGUGACGGGACGUGGGGACACCCAGAGGGUGCCAAGGAGGAGCCCCACAAAGCCCAGCUCAGCGAGGCUCAGCUCAGGCUGCCGGACUUCAGCCCCUCGCAGGACUUCAUCCCCACGCUGGAGGAGAUCGAGGAGUUCCUCAGGGAGAAGGCAGAGCUCCCCAGGGACGGGGCAGGAGAGCCUCACGCCACGGGGUGGAAGGUGGAGAGCAAAGCUGAGCUCGGCUCUGGGGCACAGCCCGUCCCCAGAGCACACGAGGGAGGAGCAGGACAUGUCCCAAACGCUGUGGGGACAGCUGGUGACCAGGUGGUAGCUCCUGGUGACCAGGUGGUAGCUCCUGGUGACCCUGUGGUGGCUCCUGGUGACCCUGUGGUGGCUGCUGGUGACCCUGUGGUGGCCACUGGUGACCAGGUGGUGACCACUGGUGACCAGGUGGUGGUUACUGGUGACCAUGUGGUAGCUAUUGGUGACCAGGUGGUUACUGGUGACCCUGUGGUGGUUACUGAUGACCAUGUGAUGGCCGCUGGUGACCCUGUGGUGGUUACUGGUGACCAGGUGGUGGUUACUGGUGACCAUGUGGUAGCUAUUGGUGACCAGGUGGUGACCACUGGUGACCAGGUGGUUACUGGUGACCAUGUGGUAGCUAGUGGUGACCCUGUGCUGGCUGCUGGUGACCCUGUGGUGGUUCCUGGUGACCAUGUGGUGGUUACUGGUGACCAGGUAGUUACUGGUGACCAUGUGGUGGUUACUGGUGACCAUGUGGUGGUUACUGGUGACCAGGUGGUUACUGGUGACCAGGUGAUGGCCGCUGGUGACCCUGUGGUAGCUAUUGGUGACCCUGUGGUGGCCGCUGGUGACCAGGCACUGGCUGCUGGCAGCACCCCUGUUGUCCUGCAGCUCCAUCCUCUCCCUAUGGACAGCAUCACGCCCCCAGCACACCCUGGGGGUAUCAGUGUGGCCCAGCUGCUGAUCAGCCUGCAGAGCCCCAACCUGCCCGUCCUCCCUCAGCUGCAGCCCCCCGGCACCAUCGUGGACCAGAAAUACGUCAGGAUUGCCCCUCUGCCGGCCACCACGGGCCCGGGGCACGUGCGGGGGGCUGAGGCAGUGCCCGGGGGCCAGCAGGGCCCCCCUGCCCUGCUCCGCCUGCACCGCUGCUCGCACCCGGGCUGCGGGAAGGUUUAUUCCAAGAGCUCCCACCUGAAGGCUCAUGUCCGCCGGCACACCGGGGAGAAGCCCUACACCUGUGCCUGGCCCGACUGCGGCUGGAGGUUCUCCCGCUCGGACGAGCUCUCCCGCCACAAGCGCUCCCACUCCGGCCUCAAGCCCUACCAGUGCUCGGCCUGUCAGAAGAAGUUUGCCCGCAGUGACCACCUGGGCAAGCACCUGAGGAUCCACCGGGGCCAGCCCUGCGGGGGCAGCACGUCCUGA